AUGAGCACUAGUUUGUAUCAUUUAGUUUUAUUUGGUUUCUUGGUAUCAACUCACUGUCAAAUCAAGGUAUCAGAAGCCUGCAAAUGUUAAAAUUUAUUGUCUUAAAAUGACUGCUAAUAAAACACGAAAUGUUCAUGGUUGAAUAAGAGCUGUUAAGAGAAGCCAGAAGAGUAAGCGAUUUCGACUAAACCAGAGAGCAUUUAUUGCAAAGGCCGAACUUAAGAGGAUUGUAGUAACAAAAUAGGGUGUGCUUACUACAACUAGAAUUGUAUUCAUUUUAGUGGUUGCACUAGCUAUGUUUAUACUACUCAUAAUGAAUGCUAAUUAAUUAGUACACAAUGUACAAGUGAUGGAAUUCAAUGUAUAAAACCAAGAGAAUGCUUUAAAAAUGAAUAGGAACAAUUGUGUAGUACAGUAAUAAGUUCCUCCGGCUCAAGGAAAUGUGUUUGGGAAGACAAAGUGUGCAGAGAUUAAACAUGUAAUGAAGCAUCUUAGUUGCUGAUUACUGAUGAUGCUUGCGAUUCCUUUAUAAAAGGAUGUGUAACUAAUGGGAGAGGAUGUGUAGACAAAAGGGGGAAUUGUUAUUAUUAUGAUAAAAAUUGUGAUGGUAUGAUUGGGAGUGAUGGCUUAUGUGAAUAAAAAGGUGAUAAAUGCUAAUCUAAGGAUUGUGCAAAUGCCCCAUUGACAUAUUAUGCUGAUCAAUAAUGCUAGUCUUUUAGAAAAGGAUGCAGAACAACAGGUAUUGGAUGUACGGAUUAAGCAUUGAAAUCAUGUAAUACUUAUACAGGGGAUGGAGAAUAGUGUUUGAAAUAUAUAGGGAGUAGUGGUAAGUGUGAAGAAGGUUUGAAGGGUAAGUGCUAAGCUAGGAGGUGUGAAAGUGCACCAAAAUAAUAUUCUACAGAUGAAGAAUGUAAGUCUUAUUCUUCUAAAUGCAAAACUACAGGGAUUGGUUGUGUGGCUAUUCUAUUGAAUUGUAAUUCAUAUACAGGCACUAAAAAUGAAUGUGAAAGAAGAAUAGGAGCAGAUGGGAGAUGCACAGCUUAAAAUACAGAGGAGUCCCAAUAAUGUAAGGCUAGGAUUUGUUCUGAUGGCCAAUUUUCAACAGACAGCGAGUGUGGGUAAUAUCAAUUUAAUUGUAUUUCUAAUGGUGUUGAAUGUACGUCAUUUUUGAUCAGUUGUAAUAAAUAUAAAGGGGAUGCUGAAAAGUGCAAUAAGUACAGAGGAACAGAGGGCAAAUGUAAAAUAGGUGAAAAUGGAUACUGUGCAUUGAAUGUUUGUGAGAAUGCAGAAUUCAAAACAAAUUAAGAGUGCAAGAGUGUUCAGUCUUAUUGUUUGACUAAUGGUACUAAAUGUGUCACGGCUGAUACUUGUCCAAAUACAUAAUAAUAGGUGACUUGUUUGGCAAGUGAUAAAUGUUAGUGGGCAGAAUAAUGUGUGACUAAUGAAUGUAGGUUUUUCCUUACCAAGGGAACAUGUCUUGGACAUUCAUCAAAUGUCGAAUGUUUUUGGGAAGGUUCAGGUUGUGCUGAUAAAAAAUGCAAACAUGCUGGUUAGCAAUAUAGAUCUAAUAAGGAUUGUUAAUUAUUUUUACCCUAAUGUAUCUUUAAUGGUUAAGGAUGUGUGGAUGUGUCAGCUCCAUGUGAAGAAUACGUUGGGGAUGAAGAUACAUGUACUUAUUAUAAGGGUAGUAAUGGUAAAGUGCCAUGUCUUUAUUAUUCAGCGACUUAAAAGUGUCGAUCUAAAAUAUGUUAAGAUAACAAAUCAGCUAGUACUUAAAAAGAGUGUGAUGAUACAAUGGAAGGAUGCAAAUUCACAGGAUCAUAAGGUUGUGUGAAUGAAAAUGCAGAAUGUGGAGAAUUUUAUGGAAAUUCCUAAUAGUGUUAUGCAUUGAAUAGCAAAUGUUCACAAAAUCUUGGAGAAUCAGGGAAAUGUAGACCUCUGGAAUGCUAUGACAAUUCAGUGGCAUUGGAAGAUUACGAAUGUAAUUUGUUUAAAUCUGGAUGUGUAACUAAGGGAUUGGGAUGUAUAGCAUCAACAGCUCCAUGCACGUAAUAUUCAGGAAAUUCAAUAGAUGCUUGCUCUAAAUUUGUUGGAAAUGGAAAGAAAUGUUGGUAUGAUUAAGGAUUUUCAGGUUAAUGUGUGGAUAAAUAAUGCACUCAUAACACUGAUGCAUAGAAUGAUUAGGAAUGUGAUAAGUUCUUGUAUGGGUGUGUAUUCAAUGGGAAGGGAUGUCAAGAUGCAGUUGAGACUUGUAAUACUUAUGAAGGGGAUGAGGAUACAUGUUCUAAAUAUAGGGGAAAUGGAUUACUAUGUGUAAGGAUAGACUAUUGUGAAGAUCGUAAGUGUUCAGAUGUAUAAAACCCUUUGUCAUUGAAAGAAUGCGAGGAAUAUCUAUCUAUUUGUGCUUUUGAUGGUGGAAAAUGCAUUGAAAAACAAGAUAGUUGUGAUUAUUAUUAUGGAUACUCAUAAGAAUAAUGCUAAAUAUUGGUUAAUGUAGAUAGGGACUAAUGCAUCUAUGGUGACAAUGAUUAAUAUUGCACCAAUCGUAAAUGCAAAGAUGCGCAAAAUGUUAAAUCAUAAUAGGAUUGCACAUCUUAUAGAAAAAACUGUAUUUUCAAUGGAGAUGGUAAGUGUGUAGAGUGGGAUAGUUGUUCAAAUUAUAGCGAUUUUUCUGAAUAGGGAUGUCAAGAUGCAAAAGACAAGACAGGAAAGGGUUGUUGGUCUGAUUAGAAUAGGAAAUGUAAGGAUAGAACAUGUUUAGAAGUAUUGAACGAGUAUUCAAAUGAGAUUUGUUAAGCUCAUGAUUCUAGUUGUAUUUUUACUGGAUCUAAGUGUAUUAAGAAGUUGAAUAAUUGUAGUGAUUAUGAUCCUAAAAUUGUGAGUGACAGUGAGUGUAAAUUAAUACCUGGUUGUUGGUGGAGUUCUGAAAAUAAAAAAUGUAAAAUUAGAGAAUGCUCGGAUAAUAUUACAACUCCUUCGGAUGAGAACUGUAGAAGUCAUUUAGAGACAUGCAGAUUUAAUGGUGAUAAAAAGUGCGUUGAUGAAAAAGAUAAAUGCAGUGAUUAUGUUAGUUUUAAUGCAAGUGGUUGUAAGGAAGUCACGAAUAAAAAGAAGGAAAAAUGUUGGUACACGGAAUAAAGUUCGACUUGUGCAGAUCGCAGUUGUUCAGACAAUCUACAAUUCUAUUCAGCAGAGAUAUGUCAGGAGCAUUUGAGUACUUGUAGAUAUAAUGGAUUCAGAUGUUAAGAUGCAAAAGAUACUUGCAUACAAUAUAUUGGAUUUUCUAAGGAAGCAUGUACAGUUGUCACAACAAAAACCAAUUAGUAUUGUUGGUAUCAGGGUUAGAGUUCAAUUUGUGUUAAUGCAUCAUGCGAGAACGAGAUCUAAGAUCCUUCACCAGAAAAUUGUUAAAAACAUUUAGCUACUUGUAGAUUCAAUGGUACGAGAUGUAUUUCAGAAAGGGCGAGUUGCAAUAAUUAUUUAGGAUCUAAUUAGGUUUGUUAGGGAUUGACUGAUGCAAGCAAUAAUUAAUGUUGGUAUAAUAUCAGAAAUACUUCUGGAUUGGACAACAAUUGUAUAUUAAAGGAAUGUUCAAAUCUAUAACAUACUUAUAGUUUAGACAUAUGUGAAAAAUAUAUUGUCAAAACUGUAAAUAACAAGUAGACUCCAAAUUGUACAUAUGAUGGGAUCAAAUGCAUCACUAUUUAGAAUUAUUGCUCACAAUACUUUGGAUUUAGCAGUGAAUAAUGUCUCAAUGUGACUACUCUAAGUGGUGAGACUUGUUUCUAGGAUCCAAACAAUAAUAGUAUGUAAUGUAGAGCCAGAAUAUGCUCGGAUAAUUAGACAGCCUUGAAUGAUCUUCAAUGUGAUCAAUUUUUAAAAGGAUGUGUGACUAGUGGUAGAGGAUGCACAGAUUCAACAUAACCAUGUAACACUUUUAGAGGCACUUAAUCCAGUUGUUUGAGAUUUGUAGGCAAUUAAAAGAAAUGUCGAGGAUAGAAUUUAACUACAAGAUGCUCAGUUAGAGAAUGUUUCCAUGAUUAGCAAUCUACUACAGACAUUGAGUGUAAUUCGUAUUUGGAUGGUUGUGUAACCAAUGGCAAAGGUUGUAUUUCUUCUUUGGAACCCUGCUCAAGUUAUGUUGGAAAUCUUUAAACAUGUUCUAAAUUUAAGGGAAAUGGAAGAUUAUGUUAUUCAGAUAGUCUUGUUGAUAUUCAUGUAUGCAGAGAUAGAUAGUGUUCUGACAAUCUCGAUGCAGUUAAUGAUUCUGAUUGUAAUACAUUCUUGCCAGGUUGUGUGAACAAAGGAAGUGGGUGCAUAGAAGAUACAAAACCAUGCUCUAGUUAUUAUGGAACUCAGGCCUAAUGCAGCAAAUUCAAAGGAGAAAAAGGUACAAAGCCUUGUUGGAAUUUUGCAUCUGCAUCUAACAACACUAGUUGUAUAGAUAGGGAAUGUAGUCAUAUCACAAGGGGUACAAAUACUAUAGAGUGCAAUUCCUUUUUGGAAGGAUGUGUUAGUGAUGGAUUUCAAUGUCUGACCAAACGAAAUUGUUCAUAAUUUUAUGGAACUGUCAAAACCUGUAUGUUGUUUGAUGCUAUUGAUAAACCAUGUAAGGGAGUUGAUGAGACUAUGAAGUAAUGCAAAUAAUUAUAAUGCUUUGAUGCACCAAAUAAUUAUAAUACAGAUGAAAAAUGUAAUCAAUUUAAACCUGGAUGUAAGACUACAGGAUAUGGAUGUAUUGAUAAUAGGACUUGUGAAAUGAUAUCAUCUUCAUAACUAUGUAAAGAAAGACCUGACUGCUAAUUUAUAUAAGGAUGCUUAAAUACCAUUAAGGUGUGUAUGCAAAUCACAAAGUAUUCUUAAUGUUUAAUGAAUUCCAAUAUGAAAUGUAGUUGGGAUUUCUAAACAAAAUCAUGCAGAGAUUGGAUUUGUUCAGAUGCAAGUGUUCUAUUGAAACAACAUGAAGAAUGCUAAGCUUUGAACCAAAAUUGUACAACCACAGGAAAUGGAUCGUAUUGA